GCCGCUGAACGCGAGGGCGCCCUUAAACCCGCCGCCCCUUGACUUUUCGCUCUUCCCACGGGAACACCUGCCGGCUCUUUCGCAGUCGGGUUCCCGGCCAAAGGUCCCUGCAGAGCCAUUCACGUUUCCUUUCUUCGGCCAUUGACAAUUCCGAAACCCCGCCCUCCCGCUCGCCGGUUUCACCAUUCACAAGUCUCAUUCAUAGACACCACACGCCGAGACACACGCGCACCCCCCCCCCACACCCGCUCCUCUCCCUCCCUCCUCCCCUCCCUUCAGCCACACGCCCACCCUCAGCCUCCCCCUCCAGCUGAGGGACACUAGCAAGCGCUGGAUGCCUCGCUCCGCUGCCGAGCUGUUCUCCUGAGCUCCUUCCCCGGGGCCGAGGCGAAGGAAAUUCCCCCUCCCUGCUUCUAAACAAAGGGAUUUAACCGGCGCACGAGGCGAGAGCAGCGGGGAGGGGGGGCGCGUCUGUCCGGAUGUGGUGAGGGCUGUGCUGUGCCUGGCUUGGGCUCGGAGGGAACUGCAGAAACGGGAAAACGGCGCCCCCGGCUCCGGCGAGCUUCUACCAUGGGAUGCUGCACUGGGCGCUGUACGCUGAUCUUCCUUUGCACGCUGCAGCUGCUAGCAGCACUGGAGAGACAAAUCUUUGACUUUCUGGGAUUCCAGUGGGCUCCCAUCCUUGGCAAUUUCCUGCAUAUAAUAGCUGUUAUUUUGGGUUUGUUUGGAACCAUCCAAUACAGACCUCGGUAUAUAGUUCUGUACUCCAUUUGGACUGCUCUCUGGGUCACAUGGAAUGUUUUCAUUAUCUGCUUUUAUUUGGAAGUAGGUGGUCUAUCUAAGGAAACAGAUCUCAUGACCUUUAACAUCUCAAUGCAUCGAUCUUGGUGGCGAGAACAUGGGCCAGGCUGCAUACGAAGAGUGGUGCGCCCUUCAGCUCCUGGGAUCAUAGAUGAUAUUUCCUAUGUCUCUGUGACAGGUUGCAUAAUUGACUUUCAGUACCUAGAGGUCAUUCAUAGUGCCAUCCAAAUUCUACUCUCCUUGAUUGGCUUUGUUUAUGCCUGUUAUGUGAUUAGUGUUUUUAUGGAAGAAGAGGACAGCAGUAAAUACUGAUAUACACCUUCCAAUCUCUGGAGCCACAACUUUGGGGUUGAAAGAAAGAAUCAGCACUCAUGCCGUGCUUACGCUUAGCAGUAUUAUGAGGAGGAACCAGGCUUUGCACAAAAGCCCAAUUGUGCAAGACUAUCUCAUGGAAGAAACAUGGCUUCAUUAUGUUCAACCUGGACUAUGGAUUCCUCUCCUGAUAUGUGGCUGCAUUUCUCAGUCACCACCUCAGAUUCCUUAUUAGUGUUGUAAAUGAAGCCUUCUUAGAUAAUCUUGAAUUUUUCUUUACUCACUUUUAUGACAACUUGUACAUUGUAACUUUUUUCCUUUUUGAAGUUUUUUAAAACAAAAUAUCUAGUGUUUAUGGCAUGAAAACAGUGGAGCGUGUGAAAGAGUGUUCUUUUUCCAGAAUUUCACCAUAGUUUUGGAAUAAGACAACUGUACUGUAUUUGCAUGUGCUAGUAAUUAUUUGCCAUACAAAGACCACACCCACACCCACAGACACACUUUCCCCAAAAGCUCCCAGCUCUGAUGAAAUGAACAGGAGGGAAGGCAAGGAUGAUAAAAUUGUGACAUCCAACUAAACACAACACUAGCCUUUUCUAUAGAAUCCCACUUAAUUACAGACAUACUGUAGGAAUUGAUCAGUAAAAGUGGUUUUCCAAUUGUUACAAUGAUCAAUAUCAUUGAGCUCAAGUCUAUGCAUGAUUGCUCCAAUGUAAGCCUCCCUUAGUUCAAUUGUGUUUUUCCCCAAUGACAAUUGCAUAAGGUUUGCAAGGUAAUUUGCAUAUGGCUGCUUCUCCCAUAUGCCUUUCUGAUUCCAAGAUGCAUUCCUUCUAGCUGUUGUAAUUGACAGAGAAGUAUUUCAUUCUUCAGAAUUUAGGGCAGAUGUGUGUAAUUUGCACAUUUUUUAAAUCUCCUUAGAAGGAGCCAAACAUGAAUGUGUACAACAUUGGGAUCAAGGGGAGGCACCAACUACAGCCUUAUAAGCCUCAGAAAAUUCUUGAGGGCCUUAAUGUAAAAGCUGAACAGAAGGCAUUCAUUAUGAAGAUAUGUACAAAAAAAAUGUAAAUUUAUCUGUAAAUAACUUUAGAAUAUGUAUUAAUGUGGCAUUUUGAUUUCUUCCAAUAAUAUAAAAAGGGAGUCAUAAAA